CUCAGAUGAUGCACUCACAGCGGACCUGGCUGUUUUUCCUCUCCUCUCUGCUCCACUGUUUCCCUCUGGUCCAUUCAUCGGAGGGGUGGAUCCCACUGCCCACCCGAUAGGAACUUCCUGACCAAGGCACAGGCUGCAGUCGGCCUCCCCCUGUGAGGAGAGGAGAGGGACGGGGAGUUUUCAGGGCACUCUGGGCUGUUCUGUGAGGAUCAGGAGAGGGAUGGUGUCAUUCUUUAAAUAGAGAGAGGAAGAGGGAGACGCUCCGGUAGCAUCCCUGAACCCCCCCCCUCCAGUCCUUUCCUCGACCCUCCCCUCUGUCUGGCUCACCCCACUAAGGUUUGUUGAGGGGUUCGGCGACCAGGAAACAUGUCACAGACUAGGAGGAGCACACACACCCGGACCACGAGCAGCGGCAGCAGCAGGAUGAGCUCGGACGGGGGCGGGCGGCCCGUGAAGGUGGGCUCCCUGGUGGAGGUGAUCGGGAAGGGGCAGCGCGGCACGGUGGCGUUCAUCGGCACCACGCUCUUCGCCUCGGGCAAAUGGGUGGGGGUCAUCCUGGAUGAGGGCAAGGGCAAGAACGACGGCACGGUGCAGGGCAAACGCUACUUCACCUGCGAGGAGAACCACGGGAUCUUUGUGAGACAGUCCCAGAUCCAGCUGGUUGAUGAUGGAGCGGACACCACGUCCCCAGAGACACCGGAGCCCGGCACCGGCAAAGUACCCAAACGAGAGAUCCUGGAGACGCCCAAGUCCACCAAACUGCGAGGAGUGAAGCCCAAAAAGGUGCUGCAUGUUUCUCUGACCUCGACUCCUGCACCCCGGAAGACCACGGCCAGAAGGCCCAAGCCCACCCGCCCGGCGGGGGGGAAGGGGGCUGCGUCCGGCUCGGCUUCGGCCUCGGCCGGAGAGAUGAGCAGCAGCGAGCCCAGCACGCCGGCCCAGACGCCCCUGGCUGCUCCCAUCAUCCCCACCCUCCACUCCCCGGGGAGACCUCAGGCCCCCGUGCCCAGCAAGGAGGAGGAGGCCCUCCGUGGUCAGGUGAAGGACCUGGAGGAGAAGCUGGAGACGCUGAAGAUGAAGAGGACGGAGGACAAAGCCAAGCUGAAGGAGCUGGAGAAGCACAAGAUCCAGCUGGAGCAGCUGCAGGAGUGGAAGACCAAGAUGCAGGAGCAGCAGGCCGAGCUGCAGAAACACCUGAAAGAGGCCAAGAGGGAGGCGAAGGAGGCGAUGGAGGCGAAGGAGCGCUACGUGGAGGAGAUGUCAGACACUGCGGAUGCCAUCGAGAUGGCCACGCUGGAUAAGGAGAUGGCCGAGGAGCGAGCCGAGUCUCUGCAGCUCGAGGUCGACUCCCACAAGGAGAAAGUGGACGAGCUCACCAUGGACCUGGAGAUCCUGAAGCACGAGAUCGAGGAGAAAGGUUCAGAUGGGGCAGCCUCCAGUUACCAUGUGAGACAGCUGGAGGAGCAGAACGGCAGAUUGAAAGAAGCUCUGGUCAGGAUGCGAGACCUGUCGUCGUCCGAGAAGCAGGAGCAUCUGAAGUUGCAGAAGCAGAUGGAGAAGAAGAACGUGGAGCUGGACUCUCUGAGGAGCCAGAAGGAGAAGCUGCAGGAGGAGAUGACGGUGGCGGAGAGGACCAUCGACGAGCUGAAAGAGCAGGUGGACGCAGCCCUGGGAGCGGAGGAGAUGGCCGAGACUCUGGCCGAGAGAAACCUGGACCUGGAGGAGAAGGUCAGGGAGAUGAGGGAGACGGUCACGGACCUGGAAUCGAUCAACGAGAUGAACGACGAGCUUCAGGAGAACGCCAGAGACACGGAGCUGGAGCUCAGGGAGAUGUUGGACCUCGGGACAUCGAAGGUCCGAGAGUCUGAGAAACGAGUGGAAGCCGCUCAAGAGACCGUCGCAGAUUAUCAGCAGACGAUCACCAAGUACCGCGAGCUCACCGCUCACCUGCAGGAGGUGAACAGGGAGCUGACCAGCCAGCAGGAGGCGUCAGCCGAGCUGCAGCAGCAGGCACCGGCUGAGAUGUUCGACUUCAAGAUUAAGUUUGCAGAGACGAAGGCCUACGCCAAGGCCAUCGAGAUGGAGCUGAGGAAGACGGAGGUGGGCCAGGCCAACAGACACGUGUCUCUUCUGACCGCCUUCAUGCCCGAGUCCUUCCUCCGGCACGGUGGAGACCACGACUGCAUCCUGGUGCUGCUGCUCAUCCCCCGGCUCAUCUGCAAGGCUGAGCUGAUCAGCAAACAGGCCCAGGAGAAGUUUGACCUGAAUGAGAACUGUGUGGAGCGCGUGGGGCUGAGAGGAGCCGUCGGGGAGCAGCUGAGCUUCGCCGGGGGUCUGGUCUACUCCCUCAGUCUGCUGCAGGCCACGCUGCACAAAUACGAGCAAGCCCUGUCUCAGUGCAGCGUGGACGUCUAUAAGAAGAUCGGCGCUCUGUACCCUGAGAUGAGCGUCCACGAGCGAUCGCUGGACUUCCUCAUCGACCUGCUGCACAAGGAUCAGCUGGACGAGACGGUGAACGUGGAGCCGCUCACCAAGGCCAUCAAGUACUACCAGCACCUGUUCAGCAUCCACCUGGCAGAGCAGAGUGAGGACUGCACCAUGCAGCUGGCCGACCACAUCAGAUUUACCCAGAGUGCCUUGGACUGCAUGGCGGUGGAGGUCGGUCGGCUGAGGGCCUUUCUGCACGCGGGUCAGGAGAAGUCCGACCUCGCCGUGCUGCUCAAAGACCUGGAGACGUCCUGCAGCGACAUCAGACAGUUCUGCAAGAAGAUCCGCCGCCGGAUGCCGGGGACCGACGCUCCUGGGAUCCCGGCCGCGCUCCACUUCGGACAACAGGUGUCGGACAUCCUGUCAGACUGCAGGAAGCACCUGACCUGGCUGGUGGCCGUGCUACAGGAGGUGGCAGCAGCCGGAGCUCAGAUGAUGUCUCCUCUCGGGGAACAGGAGGGGCUGGCCUCCGUCAAACUGGAGGACGUGGCCUUCAAGGCAGGAGAACAGAUCUAUGGAUCUCAGGGCGCCAACCCCUACGAGUAUCUGCGGCAGUCCUGUGGGAUGGUCAUCGCCACCAUGAACAAGAUGGCCACCGCCAUGCAGGAGGGAGAGUUCGACUCCGAGAAGCCGCAGAACAAGAAUCCUCCGCCUGUGGAGGUGCGAGCGGCGGCUCUCCGGGCAGAAAUCACAGACGCAGAGGGACUGGGCAUGAAGCUGGAGGACAGAGAGACGGUCAUCAAAGAGCUGAAGAAGUCCCUGAAGAUCAAGGGCGAGGAGCUGAGCGAGGCCAGCAUCCGCCUCAGUCUCCUGGAGAAGAAGCUGGACAGUUCGUCCAAAGACGCAGACGAGCGCGUCGAGAAGAUCCAGACGCGACUGGACGAAGCUCAGACGCUGCUGAAGAAGAAAGAGAAGGAGUUCGAGGAGACGAUGGACGCCCUGCAGGCCGACAUCGACCAGCUGGAGGCCGAGAAGGCGGAGCUGAAGCAGCGAAUCAACAGCCAGUCCAAGAUGACCAUGGACGGGCUGAGGGGAACCGGGCCGUCGGGAAUCGCCUCCAUCGUCACAGGAAUAGCAGGAGCCAACUUGAUGUCCGGCGUCACGUCGGCUUCAGGCGUCCAGGUGAUCGACUCCCCGCUGCUGAGUCAGCAGAUCGAGGCUCAGAGACUCUGCAUCAAGCAGCUGAAGAACGACAACAACAGACUGAAGGCGGAGAAGAUGCGCGCUCAGCUCGCCGCUCUGCCACCGCUCCACGUGACCAAGCUUCCCUCUGGAGACGGGGCACGUCCCGAGGUGCUCUCUAGCGCCCUCUACCGCAAGACCGACCAGCUGCUGGAGACUCUGCUGCAGAUGAGCGCCAACGUCAAGGUGGUGGACGUCACGGGGAAAUCUCCAGUGACACCGAGCGCUCAGCUGCUGGAGCAAACGGCCAGACUCCAGUCUCUGAGUGACACGCUGGGCCGACUGAAGGACGAAGUGGCCGAGCACGUGGUCCACCACCAGCCUGGAGCUCGAGUGACCUCCGACUUCGCCACGUUCCCGUCCACCUCGUUUGUAAAGGCGAAGGAGGAGAAGCAGGGCGACACGGUGCUGGUGGGUCGGGUCAUGGUGCCGUGUCUCCGGGGUCAGGAGCAGGUCCACCGCCUCGUCCUGUCCCAGUCUCAGCUGCACCGAGUCCACAGUCUGCUGAGGACCUAA